ACCGAUCAUGUGUACAUGAUUCUACAGCUGUGUUCCAGUCAGGCGUUAUGAAUAAAGAGGAAUAAUAUGUAACGUGGUCUGAGAUAAACCAAAUCCACAAAAUCAGGAGUGAAUUAAUUUCAUUAUCAGAAAAUAUCGUUUGCUGAUACGAAGUUAUUGUGUAAUUUGUAAUCUUAAAAAUCAGGUCAAUCAGUUGCGACGUAAGAAGUUUGGUCGAUCGAGAAAUUAAGUGUUCAGAGCGUGAAUUGGUUGAAUAUAAACAGAACGUCACUGGAGCCAUUUCAAUUCCACAAUUGAAAUCAAUACUGAGAGGAUAAAAUUUAGAGAAAAAUGGAGAAAUCCGGAGCGUCCGACAUCGUUAUUGUGUCUGGAAACUCUCACCCAGAACUCGCCGAAUUAAUAGCAAAUCGUUUAGGGGUUAAAAAUGGUGGAUGUACAGUUUAUCACAAAAGUAAUCGAGAAACAAUGGUGGAAAUCGGUGACUCCGUCCGUGGAAAAGAUCUGUAUAUCAUUCAAACUGGCACGAAAGACGUUAACAAUAAUAUUAUGGAGUUACUGAUAAUGGCUUACGCCUGCAAAACCUCGUCAGCCAAAAAUAUCAUCGGAGUCAUUCCAUACUUGCCAUACUCCAAACAGUGUAAGAUGCGUAAAAGAGGCUGUAUCGUGUCCAAACUUUUGGCUAAGAUGAUGUGCAAGAGUGGGCUUACCCAUAUUAUUACUAUGGAUUUGCAUCAAAAGGAGAUUCAAGGUUUCUUCGAUUGUCCCGUGGAUAACUUACGUGCCAGUCCAUUUUUACUUCAGUAUAUUCAAGAAAGUAUUCCAGAUUAUCGUAAUUCUGUAAUUGUUGCUAAAAAUCCUGGCAGUGCAAAGAAGGCAACGAGUUAUGCUGAGAGACUGAGAGUUGGAAUUGCAGUUAUUCAUGGUGAACAAAGAGAAUCAGAAUCGGAUAUGAAUGAUGGGAGAAAUUCACCACCUUCAGUUUUAUUAUCUUCAAGAACAAUGGAAGUAGGGGUUGGUGUUCCUUCUCAUCCUGCUAAAGAGAAACCACCAAUCAACGUUGUUGGGGACGUCAGCGGUCAUAUUGCUAUCAUGGUGGAUGAUAUGGUAGACGAUAUGCAGUCAUUCGUGGCCGCUGCUGAGUUACUAAAGGAACGGGGGGCAUACAAAAUUUAUGUUCUUGCAACGCAUGGACUCCUGAGUUCAGAUGCUCCAAAACUCAUUGAAGAAUCCCCAAUUGAUGAGGUUGUCGUAACGAAUACAAUUCCCCAUGAACUCCAGAAGAGUCAAUGUUCCAAGAUAAAAACUGUCGAUAUCAGCAUAUUACUUGCUGAGGCCAUACGUCGCAUGCAUAAUAAGGAAUCCAUGUCUUAUUUAUUUAGAAAUGUCACAACGGAGGAUUGAAUUCGCUGGAGAAAAUUAUGUUGUCAUUUUAUUAUGCAUUAAACUGGUCUUUAAUGUGUAAUGAAUGUAGAGUAAGAGAUAAGUAACUGCAUUAACGGAAUCGUCAAUAUCAAUUUACAAGAAGCACGGCGAUCCUUACCACCCAGCGUUUUAUUACUUUAGGGACCACACAAGAAUCAUGUUUGUUCCAUAAUUUUCGAUAACAGAUGAUAAAUCGCUGAAUCAGUCAAUCAAUCAACAAAAAAGGUACAUUGUACAGAUAAACCAGCAAAGUUUCUUGAUCUGAAUAUUUUUUUACAUUUUUGAACAAUGUUUAUGAGAACCCAAGAUAAUAUGUUUGUACAAAUACUCUACCUAUACAAAAUCAACCCAAUCAUGUAAGUUUUUAAUUUGUACAAACACACUGGAAUAUUGCUCACCAAUUUUGUUCUUUAUGAGCUAUACGUAAACGAUGUUGUUUACAUAAAAUCAAUCGACUACUGGACCCUCCAGAUAUCGUGGCAAAAGUAAAAUACGGUGUGGCAUUGGUAUUCGAUUUUUUUUUUUACUUUUUUUUAUAGUCCGUAGAAUAUACUGUAGCAAAUUAUUAUUUCACAUUGUAGGCAGUAUAAUUUAGAUGUACUUCCUCUUAAUAAUAAUCAAAUAUAAUAAAUUGCAACAAA